GUCGCGGCGCGUGGUGCCGCCAUCGGCCGCCGUUUUCUCCCGCGCAUUCCAAAAUCAAAUGUGCAAAAUACGGUGUGUCAUGUUUUAAGAAAAAUAAGUUCUUCAAUGUGCUGUACAACUGUGUUGUGGUAACCUGAAGUUGAAUGUAGAAUAUGUGAGUCAAACGAUGAGUGCACCUUGAAAGACCUGAUUUUUCGUCCACCAGGAUACUAUAUCUCCACCACCACGAGUGUCCGGCACCCAACUAAAAGAGAUCAGCCCGAGACGUCACAAUAGCUGUCGUUAAUAACAGUUUUUACGCCCUCGAGGACAGCGCAACACGCAAUCAAACUUCGCACAUAAUUGAAGAAAAUUAAUGGCAAAACAUUCCAAGACGAACAGUCACGCAGCGUAGGCUGACAGCGUGACAACCAUGGCUUCCAAUUAAAAAAAAAAACAAUAAAAUAUGUGAAAAUUCUGGCGCCAAAACAUGUUCGCGGUAACGGAACGUUUUUGGGAUAGAAGAAGGCGAAAGGGUCAGCGAUGACGUCAUCAGUCUCGUGCGGCUGCGUCAAAUAAAACGCUCUAGUUCGUAAGAAACGCUUUUUUGUGUGUAACCGGUUUCUAGAAGAGUUUCAUCAGUCAAUUUUUGUUGCGGUUUUUUUCGGUUAACCGUUUUCGUUUCGUCGGUGUCUGAAAGCAAUAUUAGGUAAGUAGCCUUCUUUAGAAUAACGCUUCUUUCAAUUAUUCCGUGUCAGUAGUCGUAUGUGUAAAUAAGAACAGCGUGUUUGAUCGACUUAUAUUCUAAAAAUCUGUGUAUAACUUGUAGAUUUGUAAAAACGUAUUUUAAUUAAAUUGUCCUUACGUUCCACGUAAACGCAACACUGGUUCGGGCAAACGGGUAUUAAACAUAAUUUGUAACAUACUAAUUACUUAAAACUAAACAAUAAAUAUUAAAGACACAUAAAGUAAAACAAUAAAAUUGAUUAGGUUUACUGUACAAAUAAUAUUAUUCCGUUCCUAUAGGCAAUACUUUAAAAUUAUUUCUACCGCGGACAAAACGUUUUCCAAACGGGGCCAAUAAGUCUAGUUUCAAUUUCAACUGUCUUUUAUAUUAAAAAAAACAAAAUCGGAUAGUUAGUUCAAUUAUACAAUUCUCGCGCUUAAUUUAAAAAUCGAACACGCAAACGUCAAUAAUCAAAAUGGUGCCAAAUUCGACGUCGACAACGCUGGCCGCUAACACGACGAUGCCAACAUUCAUAAACUCUACGGUCGCGGGGAUCCUAAACACGACCUUCUUGGUCCCGACCUUCUUGAGCCAAGAGGAGUUCCUGGCCCUACAACUGGGAAACUCUUCGGACGCCAACGCAACAACGCCAUCUAACGAGACAAUAGUGAACCAAGUGGUCUUCAAAACGUGGUACCCUAGCGAGUAUUCGGCUGCGCACAUAAUAAUAGCAUCUGUGGUGGUGACUGUGUUAAUGAUAAUGGUGGUAGUCGGCAACAUGUUGGUUAUAAUCGCAAUAGUGACUGAGAAAACUUUAAAAAACAUACAGAACUGGUUUAUAGCGUCACUGGCUGUGUCGGAUUUCUUUCUCGGGCUGGUGAUAAUGCCGUUUUCGCUGGCCAAUGAGCUGAUGGGGUACUGGAUCUUUGGGUUCUGGUGGUGUGAGAUCCACUCGGCCAUGGAUGUGCUGCUGUGUACGGCGUCCAUCAUGAAUCUGUGCCUCAUAUCGCUGGACCGCUACUGGAGUAUCACACAGGCGGUGGACUACCUGAAGAAGCGGACCCCAGCUCGAGCCGCCGUCAUGAUAGCCGCCGUGUGGCUCAUGAGCGCGCUCGUGUGCAUCCCGCCGCUGCUGGGCUGGAGGGUCACCCGGCCGCCGGAGCGCUUCCCGCAGUGCAAGGUGUCGGACGACAUCGGCUACGUGGUGUACUCGGCGCUGGGCAGCUUCUACAUCCCCUCGUGCAUCAUGGUGUUCGUCUACAUCAGGAUAUACUACGCGGCCAAGGCCAGAGCGAGACGGGGGAUCAGGAAAAAACCUAAGGCUAACGAGCAGCAGACCAGUUUCAGCAACCCGAAGGGCACUCGGCCGAUGCCUGCCACUCCCUCCAUACCCAUGCCCGGGGGGGUCGAUAGCAAUUCUAAUAAUAGGGAAAGUCAAAUAUCGACAAUAGAGUCGCAACAAGUGCAGAUACCGACCGUGACUUGUGACUUCGCGUCGGACAUCUCCACCAGCGAGGCCGGCGACCCUCCCCCCAUGGAGGAGAGGAAAGAUACGCUCAAGAUCUUCUCCCACCAGGUGGUGACGUCAGCACAGGUGACGAGGAACCCUCUGGCCGCGUGUCAGCACCGGAGCUCUACUUUGUCCGUCAACGGAGAGCUCCAGCUGCAGCAGCAGAAUCGGUGUAGGGCCCCCAGUGUCGCCAUCGACACCGACAUGGUCUCAGAAUUCGACCCAUCUUCCUCAGACUCAGGCGUCGUCAGCCGCUGCGCUGUCGUCAAACCCCUGAAGUUGAGGAUAUGCCAGCCAAUCUUUGGGAAGAAAGCCGACUCCUCCCGGAGGCAACAGAAGCAGCAGCCGAGCAAAGCGGAGUUGGAACCCGCGAUACCAAAGCCGCACAAACCGAGAGACCCUGAACGGGAGAAGAGAAGACUGGCCCGGAAGAAAGAGAAGAGGGCCACGUUGAUAUUGGGGUUGAUAAUGGGAAGCUUUAUCGCUUGCUGGCUGCCAUUCUUCUUCCUGUAUAUCUUGAAGGCGGCAUGUCACGCCUGUGAGAUCCCCGGCAGUGCGUUCGCGAUUGCCUUCUGGCUCGGCUACAUGAACUCAGUGCUAAACCCGGUUAUAUACACGAUAUUCAAUAAGGACUUCCGAAGGGCCUUCAGAAGGAUUCUGUUCAAGUGAUGUUUAGCCUACCUGUGCUGCUACCGAUGCGUCACCAACCGCAUCAUGUUGGCUCAACAGAGGGCAGCACCGGGUCUUUACAAUGUUCGUUAAAUGAUCAUUCAUUCUCAUUGCCAACAGACCUGCUUUUUACUUUCCUACGCUUUUUCUGUGCUUGUAACUGGACCUAGUGACGUCUUAUCCCCAAGUGCUUGUGUCGUGGAAAGUGUGUGUGAGUGACCACUAGAUGGCGUUUUACAUUAUGUUUGUUAACACAAGUGAUUGCAAUGUUUCGAGGAACUCUUCGCUGUGUACCUAACUUACGCUUUAGCUGAAGAAAUCCAAAGCAAUAUAAAAUAUCUGUUUAGGAAAAUAUAUUUAGUGAAUCGUGGAUUUCUGACGCCAAUUGAUAGGAUUGUUCAGCCCAAGAACAAUAAUGUGAAGCAAUAGUGUAAGUUUUAAAUAAAUUACAGUGUUGUAAACAAAUUAUAUUACAUAAAUUAUAGAGGUCUUGUUAGAUGGCUUUAGUCUUUGCAAAUAGAUCACUU